AUGUCGGACGAGGUCGUGUGCAAGAAGCCGGAGCUGGAGGAGGAGUGCAAGCCCAAGUGCAUAAAGUUCCUCGCGGAAUACCAGGCGUGCGCCGAGCGCGUCCAGGCGGACACGACGGGUGCGCGUCCCUUGCAGAGACAGUCCUGUGCCCCACCGCGCAGGGCGGGCGACACGGACGUCACCAGCGGCGGGGGGCGCGGACGCUGCUGCGACCAUCCCGGCGAGCCGCGCGGCCGCCCCUCCCGGCGCCCCACGGGGACCUGGGCCUCCCUGUUGCGUUGCCCUCGGCAAACCCAGCGCUGCGCUCACUCCCUGCGCGCUCUCCCCGCCGCAGGAGAGGCGCACUGCACGGGGCAGUACUUCGACUACUGGCGGUGUGUGGACAAGUGCGUGGCCCCGAAGUUGUUCAAGCACCUCAAGUGA